AUGUCAUUAAAAACACACUUCCGCCCCGAAAAGAUCAUUCAACCCCUCUACACCGGCGGAAAAGUCGCUCUUGACCAAAGUGGAAGAAUAUUGGUAACUACGCUUGACGAGGAUGUCCUUGUUACUAAUUUCGAGACGGGGGAGGAGCUGGCAAGGCUUGAGGGUAGAAUCGCAGUAACGCCCACCGCCUCCCACUUGAUUAUUUGCUCGCGCAGCUACUCUAUGCGCAUAUACAGCUUAAACCUGAUGUGCCGCGAGAACGCCACCAGCGUCAAACCUACCCUCUUGCGCUCCGUCAAGGCCCACACGGCACCGGUAAUCGUUGCAGAAACUGACCCGACGGGAACGCUCCUCGCUACCGGAGGCGCCGACGGCCUGGUCAAAGUCUGGGACAUUAAAGGUGGCUUCGUAACUCACAACCUGCGGGGCCACGGUGGCGUUAUUUCUGCGAUGAAAUUCUACAAGCCGGAGAACAUCGUGCUUAAUGAGCGAGAGGGCCGGAAGAGCAGCAAGGCGACGACCGACUCGGAAACUAUUGGGUGGCGGCUAGCUACGGGCGCAGACGAUGCAAUCGUCAGAGUCUGGGAUUUGGAAACUAGCAAGUGCGUUGCGGCGUUGGAGAGUCAUGCCAGUGUUGUCCGGGGGUUGGAUUGGUCCCAGGAUGGCAAGAUGUUGGUCAGUGGAAGCAGAGAUCAGGUUGUGUGUGUUUGGGAUACGAAGAAUCUGAAACUGAAGGGGACUAUUCCGGUCUUGGAGGAGUUGGAAACUGUGGGCAUUCUACCGAUGGGAACAAUCAAUCUCGGGGGGAUUGAGGGGCAGGUGCUAUACAUAGGAGGCAAGAAAAACAGGGUUCGGUUAUGGGACUUAUCUGGCGGAAAGGAAAUAACCCAAGCCGAAGACGGGGAUGAAGAGAAAGAAGCCGAAGGAAUUGUAGAUAUUUUAUACAAUCCCUCUCUCAGCUCCUUAAUAUCAGUCCACAACGACCAGACCCUUCUAACCCACAGCUUAAAACUCCCAAGUCCAACCCCAACAAAUCUCCCAGUAAUCCGCCGCAUCUCAGGCCACCAUGACGAAAUCAUCGAUCUCCAGUACCUAACGCCAACCUCCUCUCUCAUAGCCCUAGCAACAAACUCCGAAGAUGUCCGCAUCCUCUCCAUCAACAAUUCAUUCAGCGACGCAGGCGUUCUCCACGGGCACGGCGACAUCGUUAUCUGCCUAGAUCGCGACUGGUCUGGAUACUGGCUCGCUACCGGUGGGAAAGACAACGAAGCACGACUCUGGCAUAUAGACGACAAGAACAAUUCCUUCACAAGUCACUCACGAUAUACCGGGCAUGCCGAGAGCAUAGGUGCUAUUGCACUCCCGAGAAAACCCCCCUCAGCAGAGAGUGAGGCCGGCAGGAAAUUUUCCGCGCCAAGGCUUAUAGUAACAGGGAGUCAGGACCGCACGAUUAAGAUGUGGCGGGUUGGGAAGAGCAAGGCGAUGUAUACUAAAAAGGCGCACGACAAGGACAUAAAUGCGAUCGACAUAUCACCUGACGACAGCAUGUUCGCCUCCGCAUCUCAAGAUCGUACAGUGAAGAUCUGGUCGCUGGAGGAAGGGGAGGUGACUGGUGUCCUGCGCGGCCAUCGCCGAGGCGUGUGGUCUGUGAAAUUUGCUCCAUACUCGAUCACGGCAGCCGCGGUCGGUGGUGUGGAGGGAACUAAGGGCGGCAGAAUGGUUGUCACCGGAAGCGGAGAUAAAACAGUAAAGCUCUGGAGUUUGACAGAUUAUAGCUGUCUGAAGACUUUCGAAGGGCAUACCAACAGCGUUUUAAAAACAGUAUGGUUGACAGGUGGCCUGCAAGUCGCCAGUUCCGGCGGCGACGGCCUCGUGAAAGUGUGGGACGUCAAGAGUGGUGAAUGUAAUACUACCUUAGACAAUCAUGAAGACAAAGUCUGGGCUCUCGCUGUGCGCCCCGACGACCAAGUCCUCGUCUCCGGAGGCGGCGACUCAGUGGUAACAUUCUGGGUCGACGUAACCACCGAAAUCGCGGAAACCACCGCGAAAGAGGAAGAAGCGCAAAUCGAGCAAGAACAAGCUCUCCAAAACCACAUCCACAACGCCGACUACCGCGCCGCAAUCACACUCGCCCUCACACUAAACCACCCCGGCCGUCUACUAAACCUCUUCACCGCAGUCAUCAAAAGCUCACCAGCGGAGGAAGGCUCGAUAAGUGGCCUGCUAGCGGUAGACGAAGUCAUUGGAACCCUUAGCGACGAGCAGUUGUCUAUCUUGGUGCUCAGAAUCAGAGACUGGAAUACGAAUGCCAAGACUGCUACUGUCGCGCAGAGGAUUAUGCAUGUUGUGUUUAGGAGGUAUAGUGUGCAGAGGUUAUUGGGGUUAAAGGUGGAUUUAACGGGGUGGGAGGCUAUCUUGAGUUAUACGAUGAGGCAUUACAAGAAGGUGGAGGAGUUAGUUGACGAGAGUUAUCUGGUGGAUUAUACACUCAGGGAGAUGGAAGAGAUGAUGGAGGAGGAUGUCGAUGGGAUGGAUGGGGUUGAGAUGACGGCUGUGGCAAUGGCUAGAGUACGAUAUUUGGGUAUAGAAAAGUUUACCUUCUCUCCACGAGAGUUCUAUGAUACCACAAUCCGGGAUUAUCUACAAAAUCACUAA